CUAUUGCAAGCAAACGAAGAGAAACGUAAUCUAGCCUUGCGGGAAGUGGGCAAUCAUUUGCAUGAAUCAGUACCGGUGUCUAAUGAUGAAGAUGAAAAUAAAGUGGAACGUAUGUAUAGCAAUUGUGAGAAACAAGCCAAGUAUUCGCAUGUAGAUCUGAUCGUUAUGAUUGAUGGAAUGAAUGGUGAUAAGGGCGCCGUUGUUUCCGGGGGACGGGGGUACUUUUUAACUGGCCCAGCUGUAUUCUUAGAACAGGCUCUUAUACAGCAUGCUUUACAUAUGUUAUAUGCGAAAAACUACACGCCUUUAUAUACCCCUUUCUUUAUGCGCAAAGAAGUAAUGCAAGAGGUGGCUCAAUUAUCUCAAUUCGAUGAAGAGCUUUAUAAGGUUGUUGGUAAAGGAAGCGAACGAGCCGAGGAGGGAUCAAGUGAUGAGAAAUAUUUGAUAGCGACUUCUGAGCAGCCGAUAGCUGCUUAUCAUCGUGACGAAUGGCUAUCCGAGUCGGCAUUACCCAUUAAAUAUGCCGGCUUAUCCACUUGCUUUCGUCAAGAAGUCGGUUCUCAUGGUCGCGAUACUCGUGGCAUAUUCCGGGUUCACCAGUUCGAAAAAGUGGAGCAAUUUGUUUUAACAUCUCCUCAUGACAACAAAUCUUGGGAAAUGAUGGGUGAAAUGAUCGGCAAUGCAGAAGAUUUUUGCCAAUCUCUCGGCAUUCCAUAUCGUAUUGUAAACAUUGUCUCAGGGGCUCUUAAUCACGCUGCAGCUAAAAAGCUAGAUUUAGAAGCAUGGUUUCCCGGGAGUGGAGCGUUCCGCGAAUUAGUCUCUUGCUCGAAUUGUUUAGAUUAUCAGGCGCGACGCCUUCUGGUGCGUUACGGGCAAACCAAGAAAAUGAAUGCUUCCGUCGAUUAUGUUCACAUGUUGAACGCUACCAUGUGUGCCACCACCCGUGUUAUUUGCGCCAUUCUGGAAAAUCAUCAAACCGAAACUGGCGUUACAGUUCCUGAACCUUUAAAGAAAUACAUGCCCGAAAUUUAUCGCGAGGAGAUACCAUUUGUAAAGCCAGCGCCAAUCGAAUUGGAAGCAGCGUCAGCGAACAGUAAAAAAGUUAGCAAAAAUAAUAAAAAAGAUAGAGCAGCUUAAGAAAUCUUCUUUGGGACGAAGAUGUUAAUGCAUUUCUGAACGGCUUAGCUUUAAAACUUUUACUAUGGUAUACACAAUCUCUCUCCUCAGAGGCUUAUCAGCUAUUGUUGUUUUCUAAUUAAUUAAACAUUCACAUUUUGCAAAUAAGAUGAAAAAAAAAAAAGAAAACACUUAUGCAAUGAUCCAAAGUGAUUGCAACAUUUAA